AUGAUCCGAAAUAGGGGGUCGCGCUCCCCCCCUUCGCCCUACAGGGCCCUGGCGCACCACCCGGCUGGAGGUCAGAUGAUGGACUCGGUGUCCCUGAUUCGGUCGUUCAAUGUCGAGACAAACCCGACCCGGCCAAUGCGCCCUUCGCCAUUGACGGCGUCGACCAUCCCAGACAUGCCGCUGGAUCUGCUUGAUCGCAUGAGAUCCUUCCCCCUGUUCAUGACAGCGCCCGAGGACUUCUUGGUUGCGAUUGGGAAGCAUUUAAGACCGCAAAUCCACUCGGCGCACGACCACAUCAUUACCGAGGGCGACAACGCAAAGGCCAUGUACUGGCUAGUCCGCGGUGUGGUCGCCGUGACAUCUCGAGACAGCGAGGCUGUAUAUGCUGAGCUCAAGCCAGGCUCCUUCUUUGGCGAGAUCGGCGUGCUUAUGAACAUGCCUCGGACCGCCACAAUCAUCGCCCGGACGAAAUGUCUGCUUUUAGUUCUAAAGAAGGAAGACCUACAACAGGAGCUUCCCAAGUUUCCUGACAUGGAGAAGGCGAUUAGGCACGAGGCGCACGAGCGACUGACCAUCCUGAACAAGAAGCGCCAAGAGGGUGGCCGGACACUCAAGACCGCCACUGGGUCGAGAACGGCGAGGUCUGCAGCACCUGGGGAGGUCUCCACGGGCGAGAAGGGUGUCAUCAAAGAAGGCGCCGCCGUCGUGAAUCACAAAAAGCGGAAAUCGCCGAGUCCUGGUGUUAUUGAAGACCCAUCAGGCGGCAGUGCCCUGGGUAGUGGCAUAGUCAACGUACGGCAAACACUGAAGGAACUUCCCCUGUUCUCGACGCUACCCCCCGAUAUCCUGCAUUUCCUGGGUAUGAGUGCGCAACCCAAGUCAUAUCCGCCGUUCACAGACAUCGUACGGCAAGGGACGCUGGGCUACGAGAUAUACUUCAUCGUUCGAGGCGAGGCCGAAGUAAUCCACGAUCCACCCAAAGAACAACCGUCCAACAAGCGCAUCCUCCGAUCGUCCUAUGUGAGGCCGAGACUGCGCCAGGGUCAGUAUUUUGGCGAAGUUGCGAGUCUUGGUCUAUCACGUGAGCGUACGGCCACGGUAAGGUCUAUUACGGCGGUGGAAUGCCUCAUGAUCACCCCAGAAACGCUUGACGAACUAUGGCGGAAAUGUCCCCCCGGCAUCAGAAAGCAAGUCGAGGAGACGGCGCGAACACGAAUCAAACCCAGCGACGUGGAUGCUGAGAUGACGGACGCCGACGUGAGUGAUGGUUCUGGGCCAUCUACACCUGUCAAGUCGACUCCGACGGUCACAUUCACUACGCCCUCGAAGCCGACGUCACCAGCCAAAGAUGACAUGGACAUUAUCAAGCCGAAGGAUCCAGAUCCUUUCCUCAGCGUUGAUAUGGAGAACUUGAGAAACCGGCGCCGCGGUUCGCUCGCACCCCCGACCCCUCCAGCCGAGUCUCCCAGCACCCCAACUACCAACGGAAUCCGACAACGCAUGAUUGACAUGACCACUCCUGUCAAGUUUGCAAUCCCCUCCUUAUCCCCUGAUUCUGAAGGUCCUUCUAAAAAGGCUAGGAUCCUGCCGAGACGGCCCGCUCAAUCCGCGAAGGCGGUCUUGCCCGAUGACAUGCUAGUUGCCAUCUGGCAGUGGCUUGAUAUCGUUGAGCUCCUACGCCUACGGCAGGUCUCCACGCACUGGCGCAAGAUCCUCGCGACCUCCCCCAAGCUAUGUCGUGAUGUUGAUCUAACCCCACACAACCGCAUUCUGACGGACCAUGUGCUUGUCUCGGUCAUAGCUCCCUUCAUUGGCCCCCGUGCUCUAUCGGUAAACCUGAGCAACUGUUUCCACAUCACCGAUGAGGGCUUCUCGGCUCUGUGGAAGGUCUGCGGCAAGAACGUCAAGACGUGGAGGAUGAAAUCUGUCUGGGAUGUCUCUGCCAACCAGAUCCUGGAUAUGAGCGAGCAUGCCAAGGGUCUUGAAGAGGUCGACUGGAGUAAUUGUCGCAAGGUUGGCGACAACCUUCUGGCGCGAGUGGUCGGCUGGGUUGUUCCGGAGCACCCGCCUCAAGGUGCCAAGCAGCAGGUGGUUAUCUCAAGCUCUCGCGUCAGGGGGCAGAAGCCCCAGACGCAGACCAUCACGCUGCCACCAGCUGGGACCGUGAUAGGCUGCCCGCGGCUCAAACGACUGAACCUGUCGUACUGCAAGCAUAUCACUGAUCGAUCGAUGGCGCACCUCGCCGCCCAUGCGUCAAAUCGCCUACAGACACUGUCGCUGACCCGAUGCACGUCGAUCACCGAUGCCGGCUUUCAGUCUUGGACACCCUUCCGCUUCAGCAACCUGACACACCUCUGCCUAGCUGACUGCACCUACCUUUCAGACAACGCCAUUGUAGCUCUCGCGAACUCAGCGAAGGCACUGACACACCUCGAUCUCUCAUUCUGCUGUGCGCUAUCCGAUACCGCGACAGAGGUCGUUGCCCUUGGUCUGCCCAUGCUACAGGAGCUUAAGAUGGCGUUUUGCGGCAGCGCGGUUAGCGACAACAGUCUCGCUUGCAUUGCCCUGCACCUCAACGACCUACAGCGCCUGAGUGUCCGCGGAUGCGUGCGUGUCACUGCUGCAGGCGUGGAGAGCCUCCUUGAUGGCUGUUCGCGGAUGUCUUGGUUAGAUAUUAGUCAAUGUCGCAACAUAGAGGGUUGGGUGAAUGCCGGCGGGGUUGGCAAGUGGGGAUACGAUGAACGUAUCAGUCAGGGACUUGAUCGCACUGCUAUUAACGACGCGGAAGGCGACUGGGAGGCACAAAGUCCCCCAAUGCUCAAGCGGAUGAGCAUCCUGCCGCCUAGGUCUAUGAGCUUCGGCAGUCGCAAGUCGAGACGACCGGUAGCGUUUGUAGUCGAAAAGGGGCCCGGUGGCCUGCGGUAG